GAAAAUCCCAUGGACAGAGGAGCCUGGUAGGCUACAGUCCAUGGGGUCGCAAAGAGUCGGACACGACUGAGCGACUUCACUUCACUUCAAACAAACGCUCCGGAGCGUUCGAGCGCCAGCUACCUUCCGAGCGCAGAACUACAUUUCCCAUCGGGCGUCGCGCUCGGGGUUCCUUUCCCAUGGUUUGGGCGUCCCAAAUCGCAACCGGCUCGGGCUCUGCUUUGCAAAAUGUCCAACAAAGAAUCUUGUGAAAAAAAGGAGACGUCUCGGAGAAAAGGCGCCACCCUGUCAUCCAAUAUUGAAGAUAAGAGAGAGAGAAAAACAUCAGUAAGUUCUCCUUGUUCAACUUGCUCUAUAAGAUCAGUGUCAUCAGAGAAGAGAAAACUGAAAUCAGAUCCUGCAGAUAUUCUGUACUGUAAUAUGAAAAGAAGACAAGAACUGAAAAGACUGAAUGUAGAAACUGACCCUCCAAGAAAGAGACCAAAAAUUGAUUCUUCAUCCCAAGGACUUGUUACACUCCAGGAAACAUCAUAUUCAAAUAAUAAUCAGAUUAUUACACAGAGUCCUUCUUCAAAUGAAACUAAGAAAGAUAUAAGUAAAUGUGUAGAUUUUCAAGUUAAAGAUAUUAAAUUGGCAAAUGUUAAGAGUAAGCUGGACCAUGGAAUUAAAAACUUUAGCUGUCCUAAGGUGGCCAAAGAUGUGAAACCAAAAGCUGAAGGCCAGGCAAGUGAAAAAAAAUGGCCUCAUUUACUUGCUCAGAGGGAGAAGAUGAAGGAAUUCAAGAAAGAAAGGUACAAUAAAUUUAGAGACAGUUCUGAAAAAUGUGCUUCGGAGAAAUGCAAGAGAAUCCAACUUUCUCAGGAUUGUAAUUCCAGCAAGAUAAUUAAGGAACCCUUUGAAUCUAGAAGGAGAAGGAUUAAUUUCAAAAUCCCGGUAAAAUCCUGCAAUACCCUCCAGAAUCUUGUACAAGAAAAUGUCUUCAGUUUAGGUUCUAACAAGUUAAAGACUAAACAGGAGAAAAAAGAAUGCCCAGAAGCCUCCCAGUUUUCAUUAAAGUUUACAAGGCACAGAAGUGAAUAUUUAUUUUCACAUUCCACAUAUAAGCAGACUGUUCAUGAGUGGGAAGGAAAAUAUCAUGAGCAUCAAGAAAUUAAUGAUUUAAGUUCUGGUGAAAACCUAACCCAGAGUUUUGAAGCACCAUGUUCUUCAGUGUCAGUUGAAAGUAUUCAAGAUGCAGAUCAAGAGAUGCAGAUAGUAGAAGAGCUUCAUGCUGCUCGUGUGGGAAAAAGUGUGGAUUUACCUGAGGUUCCACCUUCAGGAGAGUUAAUGAGUAUGGAAAUUGACGUGGUAGAACAUGAUAUACAUUCCUCUACUGCAAAUGCUGCUUCAGACAAAAAGCUUCUAAUUGUUAUUGACACAAAUAUUCUAAUGAAUCAUCUCAAAUUUGUUAGACUUUUGAAGACAAGAGAAAUCCCAGGCUUUGAGAGACUUGUGUUAAUAAUUCCCUGGGUGGUUGUACAAGAGCUGGAUCGUAUGAAGGCAGGAAAAUUACUGAAACAUGCCCAGCACAAAGCUAUACCUGCAGUUCAUUUCAUCAAUGACAGUCUCAGAAAUCAAGAUAGAAAGCUAUGGGGUCAGUCAAUACAACUUGCAUCUCAAAAACUUUAUGGAUUGAGUGAUGAGAACAAUGAUGAUCGUGUAUUAAAAUGCUGUCUUCAGUACCAAGAACUAUUCCCUUGUUCUCUUGUUAUUUUGUGCACGGAUGAUAGAAAUUUAAGAAACAAAGGCCUAAUAAGUGGUGUGAAGUCACUCAGUAAAGAAGAAUUGAGUGCAGAGUUAUUAAACUUAUCUCUGAACACAGAUGUAUGUCAUCAGCCUUGUAUAUCUAAACAACAAUUGAAAGCAGAAACAACACCUUUGGAGGAGAGCUAUGAGGAAGAAUCUACAAACUCUGGACUACCCCUUCUACUUGAAAAGAUUGUAUCUGAUCUCGAAAGAUCUCUUGGAACAGCUUUAUCUUCCAUAUUAGAAACAGAAAUGAAAAUUGCUUUUGGAAACCUCUGGAUGGAGAUGCUGUACUUGAAACCUCCAUGGACUCUAAUACAUUUAUUACAGUGCUUUAGAAAACAUUGGUUGGCUGUAUUUGGAUUAGUUAUGGAAAAGAACUUGCUCUUAACCAUUGAGAGUCUAUAUGAAAAUCUCCGUAAAGCUAACAAAGCAGUGGAUUUUACAACAGUGAAAUUCCUGCUUCAGGAUUCUGAAAGUUUGCUACAUGCUUUUAGUACAAGGUCAAAUUAUGAUGGUAUUCUUCCACAGGCCUUUGCUCAAGUAAACAAACUACUCCAAACAUUUGCAGAGGGCAAGGCAAAACUUAAGCAAAAUUCUUCGAAAAAUAUCCCGGGUAAAAGCCAGGAAGAUAAUUCUCUGAUGAAAUCUGAUAACCAAGAAAUCACCGUUUUCCCCGGUUCUUAUCCUCCCCAACCCAGCAGGCAUCAAGAAAUCUGGUCUAUCCUAGAGAAUGUUUGGAUUACACUGUAUCAAAACAGCAUGGAUGUGUUUCAAAGGUUGGAUUCAAAUUCAACUCUGACGUCUUCAAAGAUAGCAUCAUUUGAAGAAGCAUUUGUAUAUCUUCAAAAGUUAAUGGCAGCUGUUAAAGAUAUUCUGGAAGGAAUUCAGAGGAUUUUGGCCCCCAACAGUAAUUAUCAGGAUAUUGAGACCCUCUAUAACUUCCUAAUCAAGUAUGAGGUAAAUAAAAAUGUCAAAUUUACUGCCCAGGAACUGUAUGAUUGUGUUUCACAGGCUGAGUAUCGUGAAUGGUACCUCCCAUAUGAACCUCUGGUAUACUCCACAGCUCCCAGUUUUCAAGGAAAAGUUAACCGUUGGAUGCCGCCAGCUGACUGAGAUGGAAUACGCCAUGCAGCAGUGCAAUGCCUCUGUCUAUAUGGAGGCCAGAAACAGGGGAUGGCGUGAAGACAUGCUCAACGAUAGGACCUAAGUGCCAAUUUGUAACUUAGAAGGAACUGCAUUUGUCUUCAGGAACAACAGAGUACUUUUCAGCCUUUUGUGCCAAACCUGAGAGACUUAGAAGAAAUCUCAUAGGUAUAAAAAGAUGAUUGCCUAAUACUGACAAUCUCAUUGAACUUCUAUUGCAUCCAUUGUGGAAUAAAUCGUGGACUCGACUCUUCAGAAGUUGACCUUACCUCCCUACCUCUACUCCUAAUACUGAGCCAAUGUGACUAACGAAAGGAGAGCCAUCUUUUUGGACGUCUUAGGGCAAAAGCCACUGUGGCAUCUGAGGAAGGCCAGGGACCCAGCAUUAGCAUCUCCCUCAACCCCAAAUAUGGGUUGGUGACCAGAGACACUUUGAAACCUCAAGAAAGAAUUAGGACAUGGCCAUGCGCAUCGUAUUCCACAGGAGAAAUCUACCCUGGGCUGUUUCUGAUCAGACUGUCUUCCAUGCAGACCUGGUGAAGUAAUCACAUCCCUUUAGCUUCCCCCAAGGUAAGGGAAGUAGAACUUUUAGUUCAGCUCCACCUUGCUACAGUAGCCUCUUCUCUUCCCUGGGCGUGUCGCUCUUCAGGAAGUUUCCAAUGGGAAGAACAGGGAGAUCUCUCUACUCAGUUUUCAGAUGUGAAGCAGCGUGGAUUUAUGGGAUCAGGUGGCAGUGGCUGAUGUUUGCCCCUAGCUAAACCAAGUGUUUAAUUGACUUAUUUCGUUAUACCGUAAGUUGGAAAUCCUUGUUUACUAAAAUAUAGUAUGCUGUUAAUACAUUUGAGAAAAUCUGAUUUAGUAUUCUAUUAUAAAUGUUAAUUUAUUUUUUAAAGCAAUAAAUUAUUUUUAGUGA